GUCAGUUCAGGUGUGCUUGUCAUGCAGUACGCUCGAAUACAUAUCAAAUUAUUUCUACGGGGCACAUGAGGGCACAUAUAUCUCCACAAUUAUAGGAUAAUUCAUAUGUCGAAGAGGAAAAUACGCUUAUUGAAAUGAGCGAGUCUGUGAAGGUGGCUGUCAGAUGUCGCCCAAUGAACGCUCGGGAGCUCCAGCAGGGAUGCAGGAACGUGGUAACGAUCGAUUCUGCGUCAAAAUGCUGCACGCUCGAGUGUCCAGCAGCCGCAGGCCCCGGAAACGGCAAGGUGUACCAAUUUGACGCCGCCUUCGGUCCGGAAUCGACUACAGAAUUUGUCUACGAAAACGUUGGUUCGGUCAUCGUGGAAGCUGUGCUGGACGGCUACAAUGGCACCGUGUUUGCAUACGGACAAACAGGUUGCGGGAAAUCGCACACAAUGCGUGGAUUCAUCGAACGUACUUUAGACCACAUCUUCGAGGCUACGUCGACGGCCAGCGCGGAAAUGAGAUACUUGGCCCUGCUGAGUUACCUGGAAAUUUACAACGAACGAUUAAGGGAUCUAUUGCAAGAUGGUGUGAGCGAUCUGCUGACCUUGAAAGAGGAUCCCAAUCGUGGAACUUACGUGGCUGGAGGUUUGAGAGAGGUGACGGUGAAAGAUGCGGCGGAAUGCGCACGACUGGUCGAACAAGGUGAUAGAAGAAGAGCCGCUGCAGCUACUAAAAUGAACGCAGCUAGUUCCAGGAGUCACGCUGUGUUGACGUUAUCCUUGGAAACGCUGGCCAUUAACGAACAGAGCAGUAAGACUGAGAAUACGGUGAAGAGAGGAAGGCUUCACCUGGUGGAUCUUGCUGGGUCCGAGAGGCAAGCGAGGACUGGUGCUACCGGAGACAGACUGAAAGAGGCAGCUAGCAUUAAUUUAAGUCUUUCCGCGUUGGGUAACGUGAUCAGUGCGUUGGCUGCUGGUCAUGGGAGACACGUGCCAUAUAGAGACAGCAAGCUAACCAGGCUACUAAGAGACAGCCUCGGUGGAAAUGCAAGAACACUAAUGAUAGCUUGUAUAAGUGGCAGCGACGUGGACGCCGAAGAAACUCUGAGUACCUUGCGAUACGCAGCCAGAGCUCGAUGUAUCAAGAACAAACCUGUCAUCAACGAGGAUCCGAAAGAUGCUUUACUCAGGCAAUAUCAACUAGAACUGCAACGUCUAAAAAAGUUACUCGAGUCGAACGAUCAGUCGCUGGUAAAGGAGAUUGCCGCGAAGGCAGAAAUCGAAGACGAAGAGAGUAUCGAGCAACGGGAAUACACCGAACAUGUGAAAAGAUUAAAGGAGGAGUGCGAACACUCGGAUCUAUCUGCUCAGAAGCUUCGAGAGGAAUUGCAGGCUAUGAAGAUUCGCUACGAAGCUGGUACUAUUAGCGAUACGAGGCCCAAGCCUGUUUCUCAGCAGCCGAUGGACGAACAGGAUGUGGAACGGGAGGAAAGGCGAAGAAAGAAGCGAGAGGCGGCCAUGCAAGAGGUAUUGAAGAGAUUGGAGAAGUUAACUAUCGGAGGAGAGGAGCAGGGAAAUACCGAAUUGAGGAGGCGUCGAGAAAGAAGAAGGAAGAGGCUGGAGGCUCUUGCUUCGGCUCUGGAGACCAGCGCUCAGGAAGGAAACGGAGGCGUGUUCCAGGUGUAUGGUCAACUCCGAUCGACGGAAGAUGCGCUGAAACGAAUGGCGAAACGAGCGAAGCAACUCGAAGCGGAAGCAGCUGAUCUCCAAGCUUGCUGGGACGCGGAGCGACGCGAUCUUUUGCGCAGAGAACUGCUUACCUCGCAAAUAUGCGACGCGAUGGUUCCUCAUCUUCGACCCGGAUGUCCGUUUCGCGAUGUCGCUGCCGUCAGAUCCACGGCCACUUGGAGCGACGAGCUGGGUCGUUGGAGAUUACCGGAUACGACGCCACAUAUUUCCCUUCCUCCGGCGUCGUUAGUGCCCAAAGACAAUGUACAGUACAACAUAGUGCCUUCCAAACCUGAUCUUAAUAAUAAUAGGAAUAACGAGGAUAACGUGGACGAGAUCGACGUGGAAGCUGAGAACGAGGAGAGCAGCGAACAGGAACAAACGAAGAAACUCGAUAUCGUUGACACGUACUUUCGACGAAAUAGGAUCGACAAGCUCUUAGCUCACGUCAGAGAAGCAAAAACUUUUGAACCGGGCAGCCGACUCAGCAGAUCAGUUGGUUCCGAGGACAGCGUUCCUUUUGGAGGCAAUCGUCUUCAACUGAACGCCUUAAAUCUGCAAAGUAGCGCGCCAGUGAUCGGCGACUUGGAUGGUUACAGGCCAACGCAACGUCUACCGACCGGACGAACGAGCCGACCAGGUUGGACGUUGGAAGAAAAUUCGAUAAAUAAGAAAGGUUGUCUCGUUAAUCAAACGAUAAAACGAAAUCCUCCUCGAAUCUUGGAGGCGUUGCCCUCGCAACGCAAUCCCCAAGGUACGAACGGUGUCUUCAAGUUUGGAAAUAAAGCCACGUCGGAGAGAAUAUCCGACAAACUGUUGUCGGCAUUCGAUCGCAACCAAGCGGAUGACAACGCUAAUUCGACGCUGGUUGAACACGCUCGUUCCCCCACGUAUUGAGAUCGAAGGCACAAAGCCACUGACGGUUGGCAACUGCGGACUAGGACGACAUCAGUGGGAGACGCGGAUCAGGUACUCCUACUAUAGCAGUUACACGAUUAGCUGCUUUAGAAUCGGUCGAUUUUUCUUAUCAGGUUCUACGUAUAUACGUAUUUCAUCUUUCUAGCGUCAAAUUUGUAUAAUCGUACUAACGCGCGUACCACCGUACGCGAUACGAAAUUCAAUAGGCUUCGACUUAAUUAAUUAGAAUGUAAAUACCGUAAUGAAUACGAUACGAUACGCAAAUGUACAGUUUGCCGCCACUGUGCAUGUAUUAUUUAUCGUAUAUCCCAUUCUAGGUAUUACGAUAUGCGUGUCCAGACUGCACACGUUAAUGUGAAUUUAUAUUAUUACGAAUACUUUAAAUUCAAAUUAUCACCACGGGGAAAGAUGUAGAAUCUAACUGGAAAUUUAUCGUACGUACUACAAAAAUUCUUUAUCUCGGAUAUUUCAUAUACUUUUGUGCGUCACACGUAUCCUAUGCAUUUUUCUAGUUUCGACACGUAGAUGCACGGAAAACAGAUAUCCACGGUUUAUUUGUAAAUAAUUUAAAUCUUAAACUUUCCUUGUACUUUUUAGUAUUUCUAUCUUCGUUUCAUUUAUACUCAUUUUAACGAUUAUUAAAAUAUUGCUUUAUUAAAUGUACGCGUUUUAUAUUUAUACACUGUAACGCGUAUAACUCUAUUCCGUUAUCGAAUUAUUCCGUUACAGAGGUAAAAGUUUCCUUUACGCGAGAUACGUGCAUACGUGGAUCUCAUGAGAAAUAACGUGAGAAUAAACGAGAUAAGGUGUACGUAAUAUCGCGAGUCAUUCUCGUUCUCUUUCACGAUGAAAGAGACCUUGAUCUGUCGACUGAUCUUAUAUAGGUUUUAAUUUGAACAUUUCGCGAACUGGUUCGGGUGAAUGACAUUUGUAUACAGGGCGUUCAGCUAUAAAUUUAUCGCUCGUUCUGCCACGCCCUGUAUGUACAUAUGUCGUAACAAAUUACGUUAGCGUAUAUUAAGAAAUUCUGAAAUUUGAGAAGACGUUCGUAAUAGACGAAACGUCUAUUAGACGAUACUCGGACGUAAACUGACCUCGUGUCUCGUCGGCGGUAGACAUAGGUUUUCGCUGACAAAUUACUAUCGUACCCUACGAAUCGUUUCGCUUUUCGUAAUACGAACCAGUCGUUAUAUAGCGUAUACAAGGUAUAUAGCGAUAAAAUUUGUUUUGCAAACUAACGAGAACGAUGACACAAAAGUCACCACUGGGCCAAGGGUACACAGUCGAAGUGCGUUCAUUUCAAUAUAAAAUACAUUAGAAUUUUUAAGUACACGUGCGAACGUUCCGCCAUAUAAAGAUGUUGUUGAUCGAGUAUCGACGGAUCAAAGAGUUGCCGAAUAAUGCAAAACGCCGACUAAUGAAACCAUAAAGGCAAAUACGUUCGAAAAUUUGUUUUCGUUUUUACUAGAGCUAUCUAAACGACCGACACAACUAUCUCUUCCACCUCUGUGAAUAUUUUAAAGAUAUCGAUUGUCACAACUUGACUGAUGUUUAUGCAAAUCCGUACUUUCGCGAAUACAAAUCAGAAAGGUGGAAUUCGGACGGGAAAAAAAAAUUGUCUUGCCGGCUAAAUAUUAUAAACAGCAGCUAAAUUUGGAUAUCUCGCGUACAUAUUUUCUCAUAUUACGCAUAUUCAUAUUUUCUAUAAACGCAUAAAAAUCCACGGCCUAGCCGUAACGUUGGUUCAGCCACUUUCGUUUCGUUAUAAAACUUUAUAGAUUUAUCGUCUGUGUUUAAAAAAAACUUAUUAUUUCGAAGCUAGAAAAUUUAUAGUCUCUUUGGAGCUUCUCUUACGAUCCAUAAAUUAUCAUAAUAUCGUGUCCCGUUCGCAUUUCGUGGUAAUCUCUAGAAUACGUUUUACAGAAAUGAAAAUAAAAAUUCGCGGUUAACAAAAGGAAAAGUAUUUCAAUUGCAACUUACAUAUCACAAAUUGCAUAAAUAUUGAUAUUCGCCUAUUAGUACAGAGAUUAAUUCGGAGAUUCCCUACGGCUCUUUUUCUUUCCCUUCUUCUAUUUUCGUAAUUGUCUAUUUACAAUCAUGUGGAUAUAUUUAUUUGACAAGUUCAUCUAGAUCUCGUGGCAUUCGUCCCCGUUAGAGCUCUAAAAGUAACGUCAUAAAGGUUACACGCACACACACACAGGCAGUGUUACGCAACAUCUUGGCCCGUGGAAUAUAUCGAUAGAACCAGCCUCGUACAAAACAUUCGAGUUAAUUAAUUUCUAUCUACGAACGUGUAAUCUCUCCAAAGAUGGUAGAAAUGAAUUUUCUUGAUGCUUGUUACAGGAAGUUUGAGCGUUUCAAGCGUGUAUCCUACGAACGCGAAAGCAACGAAUGCCCUUGUGCAAUCGGUUUCCAUACCUACUUGGUCGGGGAUGACGAAGACCACGUGUGAACUUUACUUUUCGUUAUGGGAAGAUAGCGAUCUAACGAACGACUCUCUGCCUUCCACUCCUCUGGUUUUUAACUCGUUAAGGACGAACCAGCGAAAUAUCAUGUAAAAGUUGCGUAAACGCGGCAGUAUUAAAAAGAGGUAAAUAAAGUAAGUUAUUAUUUUGUCAAGUUAGAAAAAGAUCCAACGGAAUAAUCGUCUCUCGGAGAAUAACAGAUUACUCGAUGUAAAUACAUUAUACGUAACACGUACAAGAUAGGUAUUUCAAUUUCUUCGAGUUGCAUGUUUAUUUCGGUCCAUCGUGUCGCAGCUGUUUUCUGAUAUUUUUGUCCUAUCAGGUUGCUUUUUGAUAUCUACAAUUUUUACUAGAAUCAGUUAUACGUUUAAACGAUCUUUUUACGACCUUUGAUAUGAUUUUCAACCAACGUACGAUACGAUUAAGGCGUCGUUAUCGAUCUACCCAUCUAAGAUAUGUAUGGCAGAUGUAAGCACAAAAUAUUCGAUUUCGUCACUUUUAGGCUUCGUUUGGAAAAAAUCAAUCUCUCCGCUUUUGUACGCCGACGCCACUACUUGUUGCUAUAAAUAGAUUGAAUAGAAUCUCAAUUUCUUUCGUUCGAAAGAUCAUGGAGAAUGUUACGCAAUCAUCGAAUGCUAACAAAACUCGUCAGAAAUUAACUUAUCUGCAAGGGAAUCGUACAAAAGAUUUCGUUAUCCGUUUUUACAUCUAAUCUACGUUGAACUGUGACUUUAAUUGCAAACGACCAUCGAACUGGAACCAACUAGUACUUUCUGUGAAAUCCACCGGGCCGCGCAGUUCGACGCACUUUUCAAGGAAAUCUCGACGCUGGUCGUUAAUAGAAAAAAAAAAAAAAAAGAAAAAAAGAAAAGAAAAGAAAGAGAGAAAAUUCCCAAAUCGGUUGAAAUCCGAAGGAGCUGUAAUUCGAUUCGGAUUCGAGCAAACUAACGGAAACCGAUCGAAAAUCUAAUCUGAACUAAAAUGAAAUCAGCUUUCGAAACGUGCUAUAAAUUUACAGACAAUUAAUAUUGGCAGUAGUAAACGAAAUCUAUUGCUUUCGGUGCAAUGUGUGGGUAGCGCGAAACAACCGACAGGGAUCGUAGGACUGUACUUCGGUAGUCCGUGCUAUAGAUCGUUGUCGUAGAUAGAGCUUUCCAUACGUACGUUUCCAUACGUAGGUACAAAGAAACGACGCUGCUUCGAUCUCUACUGCGUAGGAGCGACGGAACUUUGGCGCGCGCAAAGUAAAAAAGGAGAAACUUCGACGGUAGUCGUUGUAAUUACACGAUGACGGAAAACUCUGUACAGUCGCGGUUGCCUAGCGUUCGUUGCGAUACUUUUCGGAUGAAAUACCGAUUUAUCGUUCCUCGAUAAAGAUCGUUGCGAAAUAUCCGCCUUAUAAGAGAGAUUUCAGGUGUACCAGCGGCGAUUUUCACCAGACACACGCGCGCCACUAAAAAGUGCCAGAGAAAGAAUCAAAGUUGCUAAAGUCUAGCUGCGAUCCAUCUACCAUGAUGCUAUGAAAUUUUUGUACGUGGAGCUUUGCUCGAGCGUUACGCGGUCGUAAGUAGAAAAAGAGGUGAAAUAAAAGGAAAAGUUUGUAAACGAAAGUGUAUUAUGGUUUCCGUCAUUCGCUUUAGAAAUUAAUUGCCUCUUUCUUACAGCGGACUGUAACAGAAUGACUUCUUUAUUUUGUUCUUUUCUUCCAUAAUUGGAAAGUGUAUCGUUGUAGCAGAAAAUCGUAUUUUGUAAAACGUCCUGUUGCUUCGUGCAUGCGAAAUGGAAACGAGGAAUUCGUUAUUUCCGAUUUUAAUAAUUUUAAUGAUUAAUAAAUAGAAAAUAGAAAAUAAAAAAUUGCGUAAGAGAUGCUAGUUUCUUCCGACGUGAGAAUCGAUAUCGAUUCGCGAUACGCAGCCACGAUAUCAAAAAAACGAACCGAAGCCAAAGACGAACGGUGCCAAAGAUCAUAUCCCCUCGAAGAUUUUAGAGAAAUUUCACAGCCAGCCGCACGAACUGAUCGAACAACCAGCGACUCUCUCCUAAAACCUUUACUUUCCAUUGAAUCUUCGGAAAGAGGAAACACGGAACAGAGUUCAAAACUACCUACGACGAUUUUUUUCUGAAAAAAAUGUAACAAACGCGGUUUAGUUUAUUAUACGCGUGUAAAUAACGCAUUUCCAGUUAAUUAUCUUUCGAAAUACGUUUGUCAACGUUAAUCGGAAAUUAAUUGCCGUUCUCGAGUCGACGUAACGACGAUAAUCUAUAAUUUCGCAACACUCUGGUAACAUUCCGGUAACAUUAACGCGCCUCGUACGAAAUACGCUUUUAAACGAACGAACAUCGUUAUUCCAAGUGGAAGAUGAUUUAGUCGGUCGUGUUCGAAACGCGCAGUAAACGCUUCGUGUAAUAAAACCGACACGUAAGUAUUUUCGUUGAAGAAAAUAAAAGUGGCCUUGAAUCUUGCAAAACUAACGAUCCGAAAAAACAAGACAAUUUCUCCAGCUUUCUUCAACGCCGAACGCAACUUUUCCCCGCAUCCUCUCGAUAGAUCGGCUCAAGAAACGAAGAAACAUUCGUACGUUCGAUUACCAUCGAGUUGAGAUCAAAUAUAAAUUAACUUUAAACCCUGCUACAUUUUACUACGUUUUCUACGUUUCACAGCAGUGAAUAGCAGGUGUCAGAUAUACAAUAAUUAGUUCUACCGAUGGUCUCAUCGCGUAUCGCGGCUUAUUGAUAUCGCGAUAUUGAUAUUAUAAUCGACUGUUCAAAUACUUUGCUGAUCUUUGCAAACUGCAAGCACGCAACAGAUGUCAUCUAAUUUUUAUAUACUUUGUCAGACACGUUUCAAACUUUGUCGCUACGUGCGCGCGAUAUGCCCCGAUAUGCUACGAAUGCCUCGUUAGUGCGCUAAUGGGUGUUUCAAAAUAUUUCGCGUAACGCGUAUAUAUAUAUAUAUGUAUGCAAAAAGUUGUCACUCUACCCACGAUUAGGUUCCUUGGGAUGUCAUUAACGUUCGGUGCUCGUUAUAUCCUUUAUAUAAUAUUUUACCUUGCGCUCUACUAGGAAUCCGUAACGCGCAAAACAAAGAGUUCCUACGAUCGUUUUCCUCGAUACUCGGUGUCGUAGAACUGAUAAAACAUGCUGCGAGACUCGGGACAGCCGUAUUAUUUAUUGGCUAAUAAAGUCGAUCUGAAAUUACUCGUAAUCGAGUGAAACGGUCGUAAAGAUCGGGGUUAGGAAAAAAAGUGUCGCGAACGAGCUCGCCCGUUCGAACAUUCGGGGAUAACGAAAGCGAAUGAGCUCACCCGUUCGAACAUUCAGAGAGAACGAAAGCGAAUGAUGGAAAAAGCCAGCUUACCGUACACACGUGUGUAACGGCGAUGGCUCACUUUUACUUUCUCUGUUUCGCGCGAAACGCAAAAUAGCGGCAGCGAGGCUGGUAAAUGCCGCUUCAAAAAGCAGUCCGCUUUCCCUCUCGUCCUGUAUCCAGAUAUCGAAACAUGGCCGCCGCCGCCGCCUCCUCCUUUGUCGUUUCUUAUCGUUUCGAUCAACGUUUC